GUUGUGCAGUCUGCACGUGCGCGAGCCGGUUUCUGAAUAAUACCGUAGAGAUAGUUCAGUUAGUUUUAUCGAUUUUUGACGCGAUCUGUUUCGUUAUUAUGUCGCACAACAACUACUUCAAGCUGGUACAUCCAGGCUGGGUGGCCCUGAUCACAUUGUCCAUGGGAUAUUUCACGUGGGUCGUGUUCAGCCCUUCGACUGUGCCUUUUGAUAAGUUUGGACCACUAGGAGCUCUCUCAAAGUACUUGGUGGACAACUACCAGAAUGCCAAUUAUUUUGGGUAUGGGCUGGCCUGGGCUGUUCAUGCUUUAGAAGCUGUGUACACCAUUAAACUAUGCAGUGAUAAAGGCAUCAGUGAUAAACAAGCUCAGAUGUUGUGGUUUGGACAAACUUUUCUCUUUGGGAUGGCUUCAUUGCACCUGCUGACCAGCUACAAAGCAGUUCACUUUAAGAAGCCCGAAUGAAGACUCCACCAGAAAUGUAUACACAUUCAUUUCUGUUGCAUUAAACUAGUGUACUGGGCAUUCACUAUGUUUCCCGGCCCACGCUAAUUGUCUGUGAGACAUGUAUGGCUCUGCAUAUUGUAGUGCAAUCAAUUUUGGGUACAUUUAAAAAGGUUAAUGUUAUCUCAGAGAAAAUGUCACAUGGAAUUUAUACACCUUUGCUGAAAGUGUACAAAAAGCUAAUUCAGUUUAGAAAAAAUAAGUGGAAAUCUAAUGUUUAAUUAAUAAUUUGAAAGGUAUCUGGUUAUGCAACAACUGCCUUUUGAAACAGAAGGUUGCUUUAUAAAUAACAGCAGACAUCGGUGUGAUGAUUGGAAAAGUUCGUAUACUGAACACGUAUUAAGAGUUUACAGUAUUACUGAUGGUUUUUUUUCCAAAGCUGGUUUAAUAUCAGAUGCAUUUUGCACUGGACUGUAAAAGUUUCAUCUUUUAUCCGUAAUUGCAUUUAAUAUUGUUGUAUCUUAUUUUGUCCUGAAGCUGUUUGCUACUUUUACAUUUAUUGGAAUUUGAGAAACCAGUCUUAAGUGUGCUAAUUAUGUAUUAUUAUUCAUCAUUAAAGAAGCUAGACAUAGUUUAUUUUAAAAAGUUGAGUAAAUAUGUUUCAGUCAUGUUUUAUUUUAAUGCAUUCCUGUUUUCUUUGGUUUACUUUGUAGAGCCCUUCUGUAUAUUACACUGUUAUUUUAUCUUUGUGAUACAUAAUUCAACAGGGCAUGCUGUUGUACAGGGUAAUCAAUCACUAUUGUAGUUACAUACCACACUGCUUACUCAUGACAAGUGUUCUCAGUGGUUUUGCUUUGCCAUAUGCAUAUAAUUUUACUGCUUUGUGAAGCUAGAAACUGGCAGCACUGGAUUGUAGCAAAGCUUGCCUGUUUUUAAAAAGUAAGGAAAUGCCUUGGUAACACUCCUGUUCAUCACUUUCGGGAUUUAUCCCUUCUUUGUAGUUUACACUUGUUCAUUGUCGAGCAGUGUCCAGGCUAAAAUGGCUUGCCACUGUAUGAUGCAGUCUUGUUGAGCUACCUUUCUAGGAGUUGUACCCCAGUCCAUGGAGAGAUUUUUAUGACGUCAUAGUUUUAAAAUUGUUUUAGUCUAAUAGUGUUAGUGUAAAGACUUAUUCUGUAAUUUUAGGUUAUUUAUUUUUUAUUUGAUUUCAUUUGCUUCUGUGUGUAUUUUUAUUCCAUGUGCAGCUGUUUGUUAUAAGCAAUGUUUGGCUUUAUUCUGAAGGUGGCAUCAGCAGGGGCAUGCACAUGAGAGGCCAUUAAAAUGAGAAAAUUCUGUUUGAUGUUUUCUACUCAAAUUCUUUUCUGGUGGGGAUUAGAACUGAAUAUUUUAAGUCUGAUUGCAUUAUGGCAUCACAGAUUUUAUAAUGUGCGUGUGUGUUUCAGGGUUGUUAAUAUGUUUUUGGAACAUUUUAUGCUUUUGCUUUAUGCAAGUAAUUCUUAAUGGAAUUUGCCUUAUACACAGUCUUGAUUGUGCUGUCAGCCAAGCAUGAAUUUAUUAACUGUUUAGUUCCCUCUUUGGAUUUUGUUUUGUAAUGGCUGAUUCUAGAUGACUAAAAAUGGAUGUCAAAUAUUCUGAAAAAGUUAAGACUUUUGAGAAAUAUGGUAAACACUUAAUAUUUUCAGAAACAGUGUGUGCAUAUUUCUUAAUUUCAUUCUGUGCUAAUUAAAAGUAAAAUUAAAAAAAGUGGACCAAAAUAA